AUGCCGCAUGCAACAUCUCAUGCUGUGACGGGCCUGACUGAGGCUUCCAACCUGGACAUGGCUCCCAAUGCAUUUGAUGAUCAGUAUGAGGGCUGUGUCGAAGACAUGGAGAGAAAAGCACCCCAGCUGUUACAAGAAGACUUCAACAUGAAUGGGGAUUUAAAACUUGAGUGGGAAAAGGCAGAGCAACGGUGGAAGGAGAUAAAAAAUACAACGAGCACUCCCGAAGGUUUCCAAGAUUUCCAUGGAAUGGCUUUAGUGGCCUACACCGGGAACAUCCAUGAAGGUUUUAACAGAGCUGUUAGAGAAUUCAAGAAAAAUCCCCUUAACUUCCAUUACAAGGCCUUCCAUUACUACUUAACAAGAGCUCUUCAGCUUCUGAGUAACCAGACUUGUUACUCAGUUUAUCGAGGAACCAAGAACAAGUUUCAUUACAGAGGGGACGGCUCUGUGCGGUUUGGGCAGUUCGCUUCCUCCACUUCAGCUUGGAAAAUUGCUGUUUCAACAUUUUUAAGUGAACAUGGGACACUAUUUAACAUCAAAACCUGCUUGGGGGUUGAUAUCAAAGCAUUCUCCUUCUUCCCUCAAGAAGAGGAGGUGUUAAUUCCAGUCUAUGAAGUCUAUCACAAAGUAACUGUAACACAAAAUGCAAAAGGGUCUGACAUAAUUUUUCUGGGCUCCCCCAAAAGAAAGAAGAGCAACUUCAAUUGCUACUAUAGUGGGUCUAUUGAAACAGACAGUGGUUUUAUUGAAAUAGACAUUGAUUUCAGCAGCUCAGGAGCCAGAGACAGCCGGGCAUUCCUGCUGCUUGUGGUGCUACCUGGUCUCCUGGUCCAGCUGCUUCCUCUUGCUGAGCUGUAG